AUGAAGUUUGAAGAGGCCAUUAAUCUCUACAAAGAGCUGCGCGCUCAAUUCGAUCAGAGACAGAUUUUGAAACGCGAAUUUGAACUUUUCAUUCGUUUUGAAGAAGAGACAUACAGUCUUUGGGGACUUUAUCAGCAGGCUGUUGUUGGAAACAUCAAUGUUCCGAAAAUGGAUUAUCAAGACCCUCGAGAAAUGUCUUGGAUGUGGGGUUGGAUUCAUGGUAACCGUAAAUGGCAUGCAUGGAAUCAGAAGAGAGGAAUGAGCAAGGAGGAAGCAGCCGAUACAUUUGUGAAGGAAGUUGUCAGUCUCAAAGAACGGUUACCCAAAUUGCUGAAACGAUGGAAAGACGAACAAGAUCCAAGCAUACCAGAAGCUGAUUUAGAGAAAGACUAA